AUAUAGUGAAUGCAGAGUCCGGGGAGACCGGAUAUAGUGAAUGCAGGGUUCGGGGAGACUAGAUACAAUGAAUGCAGGGUCCGGGAAGACCGGAUAUAGUGAAUGCAGGUCCGGGAAGACUGGAUAUAGUGAAUGCAGGGUCUGGUGAGACUAGAUAUAGUGAAUGCAGGGUUCGGGAGACCAGACAUAGUGAAUGUUUAUGUUAAAGCGAAACUGCUGGUUUAGUCUAGGGAACGGAAAUAGCAAGUUUACUGCUUACUGAGACGG